CGCAAGCUCUGAAGCCGCCUGUCGCCACGGCGCCUGCAGCGCCUGUCCCUCCGGGUCCUGCAGCCAAGCCCGCUGCCGCAGCCCCCAAGAAGGAGCCCGCUCCCGCGCCGCCGGUAAAGGUCGCCCCUGCCGCGAAGGCCCCCGCGCCGCCACCCAGGCCAGCAAGCCCCGACGUGCCGGCGCCGCAGCCGCAACUGGCUGGGGAGUCACAGGAGGGCGCCGCAGCCGAGGCCAGCUUCCUCCGCGAGCUGCACGAGGUGCGCCGCAUGGCGGCCCGCCUGGCUGCCACCAUGCGGGACGUGGCGGCGGGCUGCCCGGACG